UAAUCGAAACUGGUUGCGGCAUUGAGGCGCGGGGGAGUCACGUUGCCUUUGAUUUACCUUGUGACGAAACUCGAGCAGGGGUUGACGCUCUCGGAGGCCUUCGCGACGAUAAACCGCGGUCAACCGUGGAGGUGGAUCUCGCUCGUGCUCUCUUCGUCUCAAUCGUGUGUAUCAAGGGUGACAGAGGGAAACCGAGAGUGUUCGAGGAGAGGGGGGAGGGAGAGUAACUCUCUGGUACGAAAGCGGGAGCGAGAAAGUAGAAGGGAGGAGGACGCUGCGUGGGUGGUGGGAGAGAGGGAAAGGUCGGCGGUGGCUCGCGAGGGACUACUCGUAUUCCGAGGACUGUUGUUUUCGGCGAACUGCUAAGAAACACUCGUCCACGCGGACCGGUCUUACGUGUAUCCUUUCUUUACGCACUCUCGUGUAUCGUACGACAACAGCCAUUCGCGAAUGGUAAGAUUUUUCCAUCAGUGACACACUCCGAAUGUUCCGUCGAACGCGAUCAAAAUUGUGUUUUGCACGUGUUAUCCGAUAUUGUGAAACGUUAAACGUGUGACAUCUUUCAACACCGUUCAGGUUAUGAAUGGAAAUAUUCCGACUCGGUAAUCUUGGAACAAGUGAUUCGCAAGUUGUUUCUCGGUGACUACUGACACUGCAUUGCAAAUGUGCUCACCUGUACAUUCGAGAGACUACGUGCUUCUCGUGCACUUAUUUUUCCGUAUCGCAAGUGUUGAAAUAUUACGUCGGUGAUUUUCCAACGGACAGUGCGUUCCGAAAGGAUAUCGUAACGGAUAUUCGCAGAAGACGGCAGGACACGUGUGUGCAGGACGAAAAUCUUGCAAAAAUCUGCAGGAUAUAUAUUGAUAGUGACACUCGCGUUUGUAUUUCCAUUCCGCAUUACUCCGGACACCUCUGGAACGAUCUCUCUCCCAAAUAAUCGCGGUCUCGCUCGGUGGGACGCGAUCACUGGCUGGUUACCCUAGAAAACGAGUGCGCGGCGCGCGUAAAAUGAGUGAUUAGUUCGGAGUGUCGCCGCGAGGGCUUUCGCUGCAGGUGUCACGCCGCCGCAAGACAUUGACCGUGACAUUCGAGAGACAUCCGCGCGUAGAUACGGUGAAAACGUAGCAACAAACUGAGUGAGUCACGACUGUUGUUGACGAUUCAAUUCUUAGUCUCGUGUUUUCGUUUUUUCCCUUUUUCGUUGUUUCUUCCCCUUGCGACGUACAUGUUGCAUGGCCAACGAAAACACCCGGCCACCGAUUUGGUAACUUGACCACGAAUCUUGCUCGUAGUCGAUGUGCUCGCGUGUUUUUCGUGAAUGAAGCCGAUCGAAACGGUUCUUGUCCGCAAGAGAUUUUCGAGUGCAAUUCCGUGACCCGCGGCCGCGGGUGAAAUAUAUUAAACGUGGCUCACACAGCGAGGGACAGGGCCGCCGAAUUACAGGCGGAAGUAAGAAGCGCGAUUAGAGUGCUACAUGGCUGGUGCCCCAGGCCGCCCCAGGGGCACCGCGGUGACACGGUCCUGAUGUCACCACAGACCCAAAUGCGAGGAAAUCAUAGAAACGGAGGACCAACGCAGCAACCACCGCCAGCCACUGUUGUAGUCAGUUCAACGUCCAGUAUGAGACCACCGCCGCCGCCGCCGCCCCCCAGAGCUAGAGCCUCCAACGAGGGCAAGGGCCACCACGAGGAACCUACAAGCUCCAUUCCCGAUCUCGUAUCCUUCCCUUUGCCGAAACGAAGAUCCAUCGAAUUGACGAUCGACACGCGGAAGUCGUGA